GUCGUCUUCGGGCUCUCCCUCGUCUACUUCCUCACUAGCACCUUGAAGCAGGAAGAGAGGACAGUGAGAGAUCGGAAUCUCCUCCAAGUGCAAGAGCAUGAGCAACCGAUCAUGUGGAAGGUGAAGUUCAGUUCGGGAAACAGCAGUCAGCUGAGUAACCAGUGCAGGAAUUCUGUGCAGGGGAAGCUCCUCAUUACAGAUGAACUGGGCUACAUCUGUGAGAGGAAGGACCUAUUGAUAAAUGGCUGUUGUAACGUCAACGUACCCAGUACGAAGCUGUACAGCUGUGACAGCUGCCUUCCCAAUGGCUGCUGCAGUGUGUACGAGUACUGUGUUUCCUGUUGCCUGCAGCCCAGCAAGCAACAUCUUCUGGAACGUUUCUUGAACCGGGCAGCUAUUGCUUUCCAAAACCUCUUCAUGGCAGUGGAAGAUCGUUUUGAGUUGUGUCUGGCAAAAUGUAGGACUUCAUCACAGAGCGUGCAGCAUGAAAACACCUAUAGAGAUCCAAUUGCAAAAUACUGCUAUGGUGAAUAUCCCCCAGAGCUUCUGCCUGUUUGAAAGCUGCAUGAGCUAAGCAACAAGGGAAAGGAACUGGAGACUAGAAUCCAAAAAAGCAAGACAACAGCUGCUGCUUUACAACAGACUCAGUGUAACUGGCUAUUUCGUUUCUGGGCACAAACCCAGAGGUGUACAGCGUAAGUGAGGGACUUAAGUUCUCCAGGAUUGAAUCUUGCUUUCUUCAGUUUGUUAUGCACCUGCUUUUGAGUACUAG